AUGGUCAGGCUUGGCGGAGGCAGCGACUUCGGAGAACUGAGAAGCGGCAUUUAUUUGGAAACUGCCUGUCUCUGUACAGCCAAGGAACGGACAGGGGCAUGUGCUGCGCUCGCCGAACUGUUCGAGGUGAACACCAGAAGCGUCAAGUGCUGGGCACGCAGGGCGCAGCACAAUGGCGAGAAGCGCUGUUCCGAGGCGCCAGCUCUCUGGGCGUUCCCCGCUGAAGGUGGGAAAAUGCGCAGACAACGAGACUGCCCAGCCGGUCUUGUCGGCCUUGUGAAACCCAAAGGCAUCACAUCUAUGGACGUCUGUCGCGGUGUUUCUGAGCUUCUGAAGCCAUACAGAGACUCACCGGAGAGGGGACCGGCACUGUUAGGCGAGGACGAUCUGCCGUUUGGCCCAUCCCAGCCAGGCGGUGGAGUGAGAGAAAGGCAUGGAGGGAAAGGAAGGCGGAAAACUGGAGUUGGACACGGGGGUACUCUAGAUCCGGCGGCCACAGGUUGGAAACAAUACAAGGCCGUUGUCCGGCUGGGCGUGGCAACCGACACACUCGAUUGUGAGGGCCGCGUCGUUGCGGAAGAAGACUGGCGUCACGUCACCCUUGCCAAGCUAAAAAGCGUGCUGCCGUCUUUCUUGGGCAAACAACUGCAGCAGCCUCCGCUGUUCUCCGCGAAACGCGUGAACGGAGUCCGAAUGUACGACAUCGCCCGAUCCCUCCAAGAGCAGCAAGACCGCCGAUCGCAAAAUACUUUUCCGCACAUUGACGAACAAGCAGACAGCCACGAGUUCUUCGGCCACCGCCCUGAAGGACGACAGGCGUCUGUUGCGCCGCUUGCACUGCGGCAGCAACUCGCCGAGGCUCUCCGACCCCACGCGAGCGGAGGCAGAAGCUCGACGCUCCAGCAGGCUGUUCUCAAACAUACGUCGCUCCCGAAGCCCUGCGAAAUCGAGAUCUCAAAACUUGAAGUCGUCGACGAAGACCAGUUCGAGAUGCCGCAGUUUGCUAUCAGCGUCACCUGUUCGAAAGGCACGUAUAUUCGUCAGCUGGCGGCUGACAUCGCCGUCAGGUGCGGAACGGUUGGACACCUGACUGACUUGGUGAGUGGUGCCAAGCAUGACCCGGAGCCCCACUGCGGAGUCUUCUUGGUGCGCACGUGGUUCCGACAAUGGUGCCAGCAGGUGUCUUUGCUAUUUGGCUCUUUCAACACCAUGCUUCAGACGCGAACGUUCCAAGCUCCUUUCCGGCUGGAGGACUGCGUCGAGUUUGAAGGCCUUACUGCAGAUCGACUGCUUCGUCGCUUGAUCCCGGUUCAAGUGGUGGACAGAAUUCUUCGUGAGAAGCAGCGAUAG